CACGAGCCGAAGAUGCUCGAACAUGGUGGCGCGCUUCGUUGCAGUUCGUAAGAGAAGAGUGCCAGACGACCGUCAUCGCACAUUGGCAGUUCCUUGCAUAUAAAACGCAAUGGGAGAGCGAAAGGGUGUGAACAAGUGGUAUCCACCUGAUUGGAGACCAGAGCUAGGAGGACUCAACAAGUACCAUGGGACCCAUGCAUUGCGAGAAAGGGCCCGCAAGCUCCACGAGGGCAUUCUCAUCAUUCGUUUUGAAAUGCCCUAUAACAUUUGGUGUGAUGGAUGUGGGAAUCACAUUGGCAUGGGCGUCAGGUACAAUGCUGAGAAGAAAAAGAUUGGAAUGUACUAUACCACCCCAUUAUGGCAGUUUCGGAUGAAAUGUCAUCUCUGUGACAACCACUUUGAAAUCAAGACUGACCCAGCUAACUUGGACUAUGUAGUAGUUAGUGGUGCAAGGCGACAGGAGAGAAGGUGGGAUGCGAAGCAGAAUGAGCAGGUUGUCCCUGAGGACAGGGCAACAAGCAACAAGUUGGCCUCGGAUGCCAUGUUCCACUUGGAGCAUGGGAGUGAGGAUGCAAGCAAGGCCAAGGCUGUUGCACCUGCCUUGAAGAAGUUGGAGGCCAGACAAGACAGCAAGUGGAAGGAUGACUACUUGGCUAAUCGAGCUCUUCGGGACAAGUUCAGGAAACGGAAAAAAGAAGCAGGGGAGGAGAAGAGACUUGAUGAGGCCCUUUUGAAAAAGUCCUCCCUGGACAUCCACUUGCUCCCAGAAUCACAAGAAGACUCUCGCCUUGCAUCACUCCUUCAGUACGCUACUGUCCAGACAUCAGAAGAGAGAAGAGAGGAAAGAAGGCAGGAAAUAGUUGAUCGCCCCCUGUUUGACACUCCCCCUCCACCUGUGAAGGCACAGAGACUUUCCAAAGCCCUACAAAGAUCAUGUGGCAGGGGAUUUGACAGUUACAAGAGUACAAAUGUGAGUAGGGGACGUCUGGCACUGGGCUUGAAAUUGAAAAGUGAAAAAGAACCUUCAGAUGACACACAGAGCCAGACUUCUGACCCUGAAAUUAUACUACUCAAUGGAGAAGUGCCAAAUCAUAAAGCAUAUGGAGAUGAUGGGAACAAUGAAAACCAUGAAGAAGGCCUAAAUGGGUUGGCUGACACAUCCUCAAUGGCCUGCGCUUCAAAUAAGACUGACUCUGGCCCUGAGAAAGAAGAAACUAAGAAGGGAAUCAGUUCUCUUGUUUCUAGCAGUUAUCAGUCUAGUGAUUCAGAGUGAAUUUUUGAUCAGGCUGUGAUGUGUAGACUAUACUUUCAGAAUAAACCCAUUUAUGGAGCUCAUCUGCCAAACAAUAAAUUGUGGA